GGCUUCGCCCGUUGCCGGGAGAACCCGGGGCAACAAAAGGCGCCGGCGGCGGCUCUAGCAGCGGCGCGGCGAAGCGGAGCCGAGAAGUCCUGCGCUGCUCUCGCCGCCAGAGACGGGCUUCCUCGAACCAGGGUCCAGAUCUUACAUAAAAUGGAUGUUUCUCACACUAGAUACUGAAUAUUAAGUAGAAAAUCUAUUUAGUAAAAUCUAAGCUGCCAUGGAGGAAAUACCAGUAAAAGUUGCUGUAAGAAUUAGACCUCUGCUGUGCAAAGAAGUUCUUCAUAAUCAUCAAGCUUGUGUGAGAGCUAUUCCAAACACCCAACAAAUUAUCAUUGGGAGAGAUAGAAUCUUUACUUUUGAUUUUGUUUUUGGCAAAAAUUCCACUCAAGAUGAAGUUUAUAAUACUUGUAUAAAGCCACUAGUGUUGUCACUCAUUGAGGGCUAUAAUGCAACAGUUUUUGCCUAUGGACAAACUGGAUCUGGGAAGACAUACACCAUUGGAGGAGGCCAUGUUGCUUCAAUUGUGGAGGGUCAAAAGGGUAUCAUUCCUCGUGCUAUCCAAGAAAUAUUUCAAAACAUCUCUGAAAAUCCUAGCAUUGACUUUAAUGUAAAAGUGUCUUAUAUAGAAGUAUACAAGGAAGACCUAAGAGAUCUUCUAGAAUUGGAGACAUCUGUGAAGGAUCUUCACAUCCGAGAAGAUGAAAAGGGAAACACAGUGAUUGUUGGGGCCAAGGAAUGCCAGGUGGAGAGUGCAGAUGAAGUGCUGAGUCUCCUGGAGAUGGGAAAUGCAGCCAGGCAUACGGGUACCACCCAAAUGAACGAGCACUCCAGUAGAUCACAUGCAAUUUUCACAAUCAGCGUUUGUCAAGUGAAGAAAAAUAUAGAGGCAGCCGAAGAUGGAUCGUGGUAUUCCCAUAGACAUAUUGUCUCAAAGUUCCAUUUUGUGGAUUUGGCUGGGUCAGAAAGAGUAACCAAAACAGGGAAUACUGGCGAACGGUUCAAAGAAUCCAUUCAAAUCAACAGUGGGUUGCUGGCUUUAGGAAAUGUAAUAAGCGCUCUUGGGGACCCACGCAGGAAGAGUUCUCAUAUUCCAUAUAGGGACGCUAAAAUUACCCGGCUUCUGAAAGAUUCCCUGGGAGGCAGUGCCAAGACUCUCAUGAUCACUUGUGUCAGCCCAUCCUCCUCGGAUUUCGAUGAGUCCUUAAAUUCUCUCAAAUACGCCAACAGAGCACGCAACAUUAGAAACAAACCCACCUUGAACUUCAGCCCCGAGUCAGACCGUAUGGAUGAAAUGGAAUUUGAGAUUAAGUUGCUUCGAGAAGCUUUGCAAAGCCAGCAGUCUGUUAGCAGCCAGACUAGCCAGAUGCACCGAGAGGAGACUCCUGAUAAAAAUAAGAUCCAUUCUCUUGAGGAGCAAGUAGCUCAGCUGCAAGGAGAAUGUCUGGGUUACCAAAACUGUAUAGAGGAAGCCUUUACCUUCCUGGUGGACCUGAAAGAUGCCGUGAAACUGAACCAGAAGCAGCAACACAGACUGCAGGAGUGGUUUAACACGACCCAGGAGAUCAGGAAGGCGAUUCUCACCUCAUUCAGAGGGAGCCAAGGCGUAGGAAACCUGGAGGAAGGACCGCAGCAUAUUACAGUUCUCCAGCUGAAGCGAGAGCUUAAGAAAUGCCAGUGUGCUCUUGCAGCUGAUGAAGUAGUAUUUAAUCAGAAGGACCUGGAGGUGAAGGAACUAAAGAAUCAAGUGCAAAUGAUGGUGCAGGAAAACAAAGGACAUGUUGUAUCUUUGAAAGAAGCGCAAAAAGUGAACAGGUUGCAGAAUGAAAAAAUAAUAGAACAACAACUUCUUGUGGAUCAACUGAAUGAAGAACUAACAAAACUUAACCUGUCAAUGACUUCUCCAGCUAAGGAAACUUGUGGAGAUGGGCCAGAUGCCAGGAUCCUUGAAAAGAGACCAUAUACUGUACCAUUUGAUACUCAUUUGGGGCAUUAUAUUUAUAUCCCAGCAAGAUCAGAUUCCAGGAAGGUCCACACAAGUCCUUCUGUAUACUCUCUGGAUCGACUAGUUGCCGGAUUUCGAACACGAAGUCAGAUGCUGCUGGGUCACAUAGAAGAACAAGAUGAAGUCCUCCACUGCCAGUUUUCUGAUAACAGUGAUGAUGAAGAAUCAGAAAGCCAAGAGAAAUCUGAAAUUAGACAUGGAAGUUACUCCCAUUGGAUUCAAAAGCCAGGCUCUGUUUGUUCUCUUGUUGAAUUGAAUGAUAUGCAGGAUCAAACACAAAAGUCAAGAUUGGAGAAUGAAGAUUUAAAAAUUGAAUGUCUCCAGGAGAGUCAAGAGUUGAAUUUGCAAAAAUUAAAGAAUUCAGAACUCAUACUUACUGAAGCUAAACAAAAAAUGAGAGAACUUACAAUUAACAUCAAGAUGAAGGAAGAUCUGAUUAAAGAAUUAAUUAAAACAGGUAAUGAUGCCAAGUCUGUAAGCAAACAGUAUUCUCUGAAAGUAACAAAACUUGAGCAGGAAGCAGAACAAGCAAAAGUGGAAUUAACUGAAACAGAAAAGCAGCUACAGGAACUGGAAAACAGAGAUCUUUCUGAUAUUGCUUUGAAGGUAAAAUUACAGAAGGAGUUUCGUAAAAAGAUGGAUGCCGCAAAGCUAAGAGUCCAGGUCCUACAGAAGAAGCAACAAAAUAGUAAGAAAUUGGCAUCGCUUUCGAUCCAAAAUGAGAAACGUGCUAAUGAACUAGAGCAGAAUGUAGAUCACAUGAAAUAUCAAAAGGUACAGCUGCAAAAAAGACUUCGAGAAGAAAACGAAACAAGGAAACAACUGGAUGCAGAAAUUAAGCGGGAUCAACAAAAAAUCAAAGAACUACAGUUAAAAACAGAACAGAAAGAAGGUCUAAAACUGAAAGCUGAGGACCUUGAUGCGUUUAAGAUGAGGAGAAAAGGCCCAUUUGGAAGUGUAGACCAACUUCAGAAACUGGAUGAGCAAAAGAAAUGGUUAGAUGAAGAAGUAGAGAAAGUUCUGAACCAACGCCAAGAAUUAGAGAUGCUGGAAGAAGACUUAAAGAAACGGGAGGCCAUAGUUUCUAAGAAGGAGGCCCUGUUACAGGAGAAGAGUCACCUGGAAAAUAAGAAGUUGCGAUCUAGUCAGGCUUUAAACACAGACAGUUUGAAAAUAGCAACUCGCCUGAACUUGUUGGACCAAGAGUUGUCUGAAAAGAAUGUACAGCUCCAGAGCAGCACAUCUGAGGAGAAAAUAAAGAUUUCAGAACAAGUUCAAGCCCUCCAGAAAGAAAAGGAUCAGCUGCAGAGACGAAGAGACAGCGUGGAUGAGAAACUUAAAAAUGGUAGCGUGUUAUCACCGGAAGAAGAACAUGUCCUUUUUCAACUCGAAGAAGGGAUUGAAGCUUUGGAAGCUGCAAUUGAAUACAAGAACGAAGGUAUCCAGAGUCGCCAGAAGUCACUCAGAGCUUCAUUCCAAAACCUCUCUCACAGUGAAGCAAAUGUCUUGGAAAAGCUAAUUUGCCUGAAUCCAGUUGAGAUUAGAGCUAUUCUUCUCAGAUAUUUCAAUAAGGUGGUUAAUUUGCGAGAAGCUGAACGGAAACUGCAGUUACAGAAUGAAGAAAUUAAAAUGAAAGUUCUGGAACGGGAUAAUACAGUUCGUGAGUUGGAAUCUACACUGGAACAUCUGAAAUUGCAGUGUGACCGGAGACUGACCCUCCAGCAAAAGGAACACGAGCAAAAAAUGCAGCUGCUCUUACAUCAUUUCAAAGAGCAAGAUGGGGAAGGCAUUGUGGAAACUUUAAAAAAUUAUGAAGAUAAAAUCCAGCAGCUGGAAAGAGAUCUUUAUUUCUAUAAGAAAACCAGCAGAGAUCUUAAGAAGAAACUUAAGGAACUGUUAGGGGAAGCAAUUCGGCGGCAACUAGCACCAUCAGAAAAUCAUGAUGCUGGAGAUAGAGUCCAGAACCCAGACGAAGCAGGCGUGGUUUCAGAAGAAUCAAAAUGGGCGUCCAGAACUGAAAGUAUGAAAUUAAGUGGAAGGGAGAGAGAAUUAGACAGUUCCACAAGCAGCUUACGAACGCAACCAAAUCCGCAGAAGCUCUGGGAAGAUGGCCCAGAAUUACCUCCAAUUUAUAGCUCUUUAGCACCUACUAGUGGGCAUUUGUUAAGCAAUGAGGACAAAACAGAAACAGAUGAAAAUCAGUUUACAAAAUCUCAUAGUCGAUCAUCACCCCACAUUCAGCCAGUAGGAAAUGUGGGACAGCUGCAUGGUGUCACACCUGUAAAGUUGUGUCGCAAAGAGUUACGUCAGAUUUCUACCUUCGAACUAUCAUUACGACGUUCCAGUCUUGGGGUUGGAUCUAUGACUGCUGAUUCCAUUGAAGUAGCUAGGAAACCGAGUGACUUAAAAACUUAGACAUUUAAUAAUAGAACUUUUAAUUUAGUAGAUGUGUAAGAUUCCUUUUUCUAACCUGUUAAACAUUAAAGCUUAAGCUCACUAGCUCUUCCCUCAGGAUAAAAGAAGAAGGGGAGGAAGGAAUCCCUAAUCCUUUUGUAUACUAUAGAUGUGUAUAUCUUCUGUUAUAUAUUUGAGGAGUUUUAAUUUGUAUUUCCAUAAUAAACCAAACAAACACAUGCUUUACAAUACUGUCAAGUAAUGGGACUUUUAAAUAUUUCCACUUAUAAAUUUGCUUAAAAUUUUUUUCCAGUCAUAUUUGAAGAGCAAAACUAAGAGUAGAAUAAUAAAGUAAAAUAUUCCUCAAAUGUAUAUUAUUAUAUUAAAGUAUAUUAUGAAGUACAUUAUUAUAAGUAUGUUAUAAUACCUUAUAAAUUCAGAUUGUUGUUCUAUAAAUACAAGGAUAUUUUAUUAUUUAAAAAAACACGAUUAAAUAUUGCUUGUGUCAGAGAGUCACCUGCUGCAUAUGUUUUGGCACAGCUGAAAAUUUGUGCCAAAAUGCAGCCUGCGGGCUAAGGCAACUGCUUGGAUUUAUAGAUUAAGGUUAAUUUAUGGUCCUCAGAGCCCAUACAGGGUGUUUAAGAUCAGUCUUAAACAUGGGCUCUACUCUUCUGGAAUUCUUUUUAGAGUGUUAUAUUAUUGGUUUGCUGAUACUAUGGAAUGUAAGUUUUCAUCUGUCCUCUGCCUGUCUAUUCAACGUACCUCUUUGGGAGAAGUGGAUACAGCUCCAUGGAAUAGGGAAACAAGGAUAGAAUAACAUGAAAGCAUUCUGACAUUUCAAGAAAAAGAAAUCUGGUCACAUGGAGCACACUUGUAAAGCUUGAAGUCCAAACAGAGGAUCUUUAGCUAAUAAUCUGAUGGACUUAAUCUGAGAUUCUUCUACAGCCUGCUUAGUCAGGCCUUGUACACAGGCUGGCCAAAUAGCCCUGGGGCUGUGAAUAUAUAAAUGAAAUUUUUUCUUCAAGUUUUUUGCUCUAAAUCUUAUUAUAUAACAUAAACUUCAGUUUGGAAUUAAGAGCUAAAUGUUGAUUUGCCCAAAUACAAUUUGUACUUUUUAAAAUUUUCAUAUUUUUCAUCCCAUUAUAAUGACCAGAGGUAUUAUUUUGCUAUUUUUUGUUACUUAUAUUGUUAUUUUUGUUACUUUUCCAAACUUUCACUUGUAAAAUAAAGUUUUUCUUAAACUGAUUAAUAUUUGGGUAGGGCAGUAGCAAAGUCACCCUGAUUUAUGGGUGCCUACUCAAUGAGAAUAACCUCUUUCUUACUGACUCUAGUUUUUCUUAUCUGAUGCUGCUUGCUAAUUUUUUCUUUUAUUCUUUCCUCUGUUGCUGUUGACCCUGACCAUCUCACCUAAGACCCAACUGUUGCCCUGUGCUCAAAGAGUUUUCUAGUUUUUUCUAGUUUUUAGCUCCUAGGGAGUAGGGUUUCUUGGUCUCACUGGUAAAAACCAGUUCCUAUAGAGGAAAACCAAACCAAAACAAAAUUCUAAAUUGGUGAAUAGUUUCUAUAUCUCUUAAGUAUGUUACUAAAACUCACUUAGAUUAUGGGUUAAACAGACUUCUGUGGUCUUACCUGAAAAUGGAACCAUAGUUUUUAUAACAUCCGCCCAAUGAGAAACUACUUCAAACAACAAAUUUACAAACCAACUUAGAAAUUUUAUUUUUAACAGCGACUAUUUGAAGUCAGAUUCUGGUUUUAAGCUAGUUUUCUCUUUUUGCCUUUGGUUUGUAGGAUAUAUAUUUAAUAUACAUCAUACAUAAAUAAUGACAAAAGGCCAGUGCCUUAACAAAGCACAGCAAUCAUAUACUUAUUAAUAAACACAUAUUUAUUAAUGAAGUUCCUAAUUUUAAAUUCCUUAUAAAAUUAAGCAAUAAUUUAGGAAUAAUUCAUAAAAGAAUAUAUUUGACACCGGAAUUCUGCCUGCCCAAGAAAUUGACACAUAUUUGUUUUACCUGUGGAAAUAUAAACACAUUUUCUAAAAGCAAGCUCACUAACAAAGAAAAUUUAUACUAAACCAACAAUGAAUAGAUUUGAUAAUGCAAAUGUGGACUGACUUCUAAAUAACAGAGGUACAGUUUUUUUUUUCCCUUUUGGUUAAACAUACAUCCUUCAUAUAUGAUAGAUUUCAUAUACAUACUCAAACACACAUAUACAGAAUGUCCUGAAUAAUACAUUCCGGGAGUGAACCUCCUGUCUUUCUAGUUUAGUCGGUGCAUUCACAAAGGAAAGAGAAAUAAAGGCACCUCCCCCAAGCAAGUACAAUUUUAAAUAUAUAUACUAAUAAUAAAUUUUACUGUUUGUUUCACAUGCCCUUCUUAAAUAUUUUGUCAUUGUGUUUACCUUUUUGCAUGUAUAUGAAAUAUGCUUAUAGUUUUUUUUUUGUUUGUUUAUUAGGUUUUUCCACUUACACAGAGCAUUUGAAAGGAAAUAUAUUUGCCUCCAUGAAGUACUAGUUCCUUCCCUGACUCCAGAGUGUCAUAGAUAAGAGUUGGAGAAUUCUAUGAAAAUGGAAACUCUAGGUGUCAAGUGAAGGUCCUUUUGUGCUUUAAUGUUUGUUUUCUUUUGCUAAUGGUUUUUUUUUUUCCCCUCAGUUCUUCAUAUCUUCAUGAAUUCAGGGUCCAAGAAGUCAGCAAAAAUUUACAUAUGAUCUUCAGUAAUGUGGACUUUAUUGCCACUGACUUGUUUGUAUUAGUCCAGGUCAAUAAAGUGAUAAGUGCUUAUUUAAGAA